CAGCAACCAACCUUUUCCUGAUCCGCAACCCCAGAUCAUCGUCGCAGUCCUUCAAGAUGCCGCAGGGUCUCGAUAAAUGCAAAGAACGGCCAGAGAACAUCGAUAACAUCCUCAAUGGCCUGGAUCGAUACAACCCCGAAACAACCACCACUUUCCAAGAAUAUAUUGCCCAACAAUGCGAGGAGAAGUUUUUCGACUCGUAUGCGUCGCUGGCGCUCUUGAAACUGUACCAAUUCAAUCCUCAACUUCUGCACCCUGAAACCGUCACCAACAUCCUCGUCAAGGCAUUGACCGUCUUUCCUUCGCCCGCUUUCUCCCUUUGCCUCGCCCUCCUCCCACCCUCGACCAUACCAUAUCAACCAGGAAACACAUCUAUCCCGACCACCGACUUUACCGAGUCAAUACAAAAACUCACAAAACUCAACACGUUACUCGAAUCUGCACAGUAUGACGCAUUCUGGUCAACGCUAGAAUCGGACGACUUGUACGCAGACUUAUAUGCAGAUGUAGCUGGCUUUGAAGACCUUGUCAGGAUACGGAUUGCGGGUGAAGUUGGAAAGACGUUCCGACAGAUUGACUUGAGCGUAUUGAGCAGCUGGCUGAAUCUUCGUGGAGAAGCGUUGGUGAAAUUUGCCCAGACAGCCUGUGGGUGGAGGGUCAGCGGCCAGCAGGUGGAAAUACCAGCCAACGCCGAGAACGAGGCCAAGAGUGAGAUCAAGGGUGAAAGAGUCGGAGUGGACAUGUUUGGAAGAGUCUUUAGAAGAGGUUACGAAGCUCCGGCAUGAUAUACCGUUCAGGCACAAGAAGGAUGGGGAUAGGCGUACGGCGCAAAAUGCAUGUGAGCUUCCGUAUUUCGACAAUGAGCGGAAUAUGCAGACUCGGUCAAGGUAUGGAACGAGGUUGAUGAGGUCUGAUGAUCAUACGAUUCCUCAUGAUCACCAUCAUUCCGCUGUUUGAUGAGAUGGAUGAAAUUGACCAUGUUAGGGCUGUGCUUCUCGCGGGGCUCACCCGAAAAGGUGAUCGAGGUUAUCACUGGCCAUGGAAAUGCCACAAUGGAGAUGGAAAUGGAGAAUAGAUACAAAUGGCUUCUGCUUGUGCGAGCCAAAAAAGCUCGAGAUCCAGAACUUUGACCCAAGCAAAUGGUUGAAAAAAGUGCCAACAAUGAUGAGAUCUUGAAUCUUAAGGUUAUGAGUGUCUGUAUCUAUUUCUAAGCACCUGUAAAAGAUACCGACCAUACAUCAGACACCUUCAUGCCUCC